AUGAUCACACUUUGUUUAAUUGCCGAGACAAUUGCUGAAAAAAAGUACUGUUGGUACUUUGAAGGAGGUGAUCCAGUGUACCUCAUAUGCAAGACAUAUGAGGAAUGCUGUGGCACACAAUGCUGUGUACGAGCCCUCUCAAUCCAGAGAAUAUGGUAUUUCUGGCUACUGCUGAUGAUUGGUAUUCUGUGCUGCUGCAGUGCUGGAUACUUCAUUCGCAGACGCUUGCACCUUUCCUCUCUCCCUGAGGCACCUGAUUUUAAAGUGGCCUUCACUAGACACCCCAUCAUAUCACCAGGACCACGCCAGACUGGCUUUCAGAGUUAUGGAGACUCAGAGACUGCAGCCAUUUUAACUGUCAACCCAGUGCAGACUCACCCCAGUCACUUGACUGCAGUGUACUCAGCCCUGCCGUCCCACUACGGCCAGCCUCCUCCUUCUUAUGAUCAAACCAUGCAGGACUUAAGAAAUAAAUAG